CAUGAGAGUAUCGAUACGACGUUGUUUUUUUUUUAUUAAAAAAGAUUUGGCCUUUAAAACUUAAAAAACAAUUUUGCUUUUCAGUCAUAUUCAGAGUGUUGUUCUGGUUCACGUUCGUUAUUCGUUUCGCUGAUCUCGCACUUGAAAAGAGACCGAAAUGGCAAAUCUAACGGGCAGUGCAAAUUUCGUUAAAUAUUUACUAUUUAUACUCAACUUUUGUCUUGUGAUAACGGGCAUUAUAAUUUUAUCAGUCGGUGCCACAGUGCAGGGAGUAUAUCAUGGAAUUAACGGAUUUCUGGACGAUAAUUACUUCUCCAUACCAAAGCUAUUGAUUGCUAUUGGGGUAAUCAUAUUCAUUGUGGCAUUUUUCGGUUGUUGUGGCGCAAUCAAAGAGAAUUACUGUAUGGUAUUGACGUUUGCAGUCCUAAUGAUAACCAUAUUUGUUAUGGAACUCUCUGCGGGCAUCAGUGGAUAUGUGCUCCGAAAUGAGGCUGCACAAAUGUUACGAGUCAAUCUGCAAAGGACUAUGGGCGAUUAUAAAGAUCUAAAUUAUAUUGCUGCAUUGUGGGAUGAAGUGCAGAAAGAUUUCAAAUGUUGUGGCCUAGAUAAUGCAACUGAUUGGGUAAACUCACCAAUUGCUGGUGUUCCAGUGUCUUGCUGCCAAAUCGAAACAGGAACCGUCACAACAGUAAACUGCACCACAGAAAAUGCUUUUGAUCGAGGUUGUCUGAAGUUGCUCACGACAUACAUUGAAGAGCAUGCAGUCAGCUUAGGCGCUGCUGGUGUAAUAGUGGCUAUGAUUCAGCUGGUCGGUGUAUUCCUCACUUGUUACAUAGCUAAGAAAAUCAGGCAGACAUAUCGUCAUAGCAGCUUUUGAUCGAAAAUUGAGAUGCCAUAUGAUUCAUGCCGAAUUGUAGUCAUUUCAGUUCGGAUGAAAUUUGAUCUUAUCAAGACUACGCUCAUGUUUUAAGAAAUUUUAAGUUAAUUUUGAUCCCAAAUAUUAUUCGAUCUUGAUGAUGUGUAAAUAAUCGAGAAUCUGUGUGGUUGCAUUUGCACGACAUUUUUUCCGAUGAAACUAUAAUACCUAAUUGUAGGACUGUUGUAAUUUGAUUCGAAUUGUUUGUAGAAAAUAAAAUUGAAUUCAAAUUAACGAAUGAAAGU